CCAUUGGAUAGAGCUGCACUGGAUUAUUGGCUUUGAAUUAACAAAAUGCAGAAAGCAACAUACUACGACAACUCUGGACUUUUUGGAGGCUACACCUACCCCAAACCAGACUCUUACAACUAUGGCCCCGCUCAUCAGUCCUACCCUGCUUCUAACAUCGAGAAUGACUACCAGGGCUCAGUGUGUCCCAUCCAGACAUCUGCUGUCCGGCCACCAACUCUCAAAGACAGUGACCUGAACGGAGACUGCAUGCGCCAAAGCAGCAGUCAAAGCAACAGCAGCAGCAGCAGCAGCAGUAGCAGCAGCAGCCAGGGGACGAGUAUUGUGGAGCCGCAGGCACCUCCACUGUCCGCAUCCUCUCCCAGCCCUAACAGCUCUGCAACCCAGAAGAAGAAAUCCCCAUCCAGCAGCGGUUCCAACACUGCCACACCAGUCCUCUCAAAGCAUAUCUUCCCCUGGAUGAAAGAGAGCCGGCAGAACUCAAAGCAGAAGGGCAACAACUGCACCACUGCAGGUAAUAAUCAUGAUGGAAUGUUGUUGUUCAUUGUCAUUACAGGUGAGGUGAGUGAUGAGAAGAGCCCUCCUGGACCAGCGUCCAAACGGGUCAGAACUGCUUACACCAGCGCACAACUUGUAGAGCUGGAGAAGGAGUUUCACUUUAACCGCUAUCUCUGUCGCCCUCGGAGAGUGGAAAUGGCAAAUCUGUUAAAUCUCACCGAGCGUCAAAUAAAGAUCUGGUUUCAAAACAGGAGGAUGAAAUACAAAAAGGACCAGAAGUCUAAAGGGAUCGCACACUCUCCCCUGGGGCACUCCCCGGAUAGGAGCCCGCCGCUGAGUGGCCCAAAUCACAUUGGAUACUCUGGCCAGCUCCAAAACGUGAACAGCCUCAGCUAUGACGCACCAUCACCCCCGUCAUUCGCCAAACCCCAGCAAAGCAUGUACGGUUUGGCCGCCUACACGGCACCCUUGGGUGGCUGCAUCCCGCAACAGAAGAGGUACCCGGGCUCUGAGUACGAACAACACGGCAUGCAGAGCAACGGCGGCUUUGCCAGCGCCAAUUUGCAGGGUAGCCCGGUUUAUGUGGGUGGGAAUUUUGUUGAUUCCAUGCCAGCCUCGGGCCCCAUGUUCAACCUCGGCCAUCUUCCCCACCCCUCAUCCACCAGUGUGGACUACAGCUGUGCCGCUCAGAUCCCAGGAAACCACCAUCAUGGACCCUGUGAUCCCCAUCCCACAUACACAGACCUCACCUCUCACCAAGCGUCUCAGGGAAGGAUUCAGGAAGCGCCUAAACUCACGCAUUUGUAA